GAGGACUCAGGUCCGGAGUUUCUCCUGCGCGCUCGGGAGCUAAAUGAAGACCCCAGACUCCUCUGGACUUACUUACUGUUGAUUUUCCACCUGGACCGUGAAGGUUACUGCGUUUCUAAAUGACGUGUUUAAACCCUAUAGUGGAGGAGACAUCGUUUACAAAGUUCGCCGAGUCACCAUAACAACGCCAGGAAGCUAACAGGCAUCCAGCACAUAGAAUCCAGGGAACAUGCAGGGAGUUGGUGUGUGGGCUGUCAGAGUUUCUGUGCUGCUGCUGUUGGUUUUGACAAACCGUCUUGCCUGCCAGAGCACAACAGACCACAGGAAGGUCCCACAGAGGCCGGAACCCCAACAGGAGUUCAGGGUAGAGGUUGAAGAGGUUCAGGGCUCCUGGGGGACUUGGGGGCCCUGGUCACCCUGCUCCCAGACCUGCGGGAUAGGUGUUCAGGAGCAAAAAAGGCCCUGUCUGCCAAUGUAUACUCCAUCCCAGUACCCUCCCAGAAGAUCUGGAGUGCACCUUCAGCAGCCGGGGCUUGUAAUUUCAGCACUGCGGCCAACAGUCCCUCUGCACCGUGAUCCAGCUGCAUUCUCCAACAGUAGCAGCCAUGCAGUGCUGAGGAGGCAGAAGGAGGCGCGGUCUGGUGGGCACAGGAGGAUCCAUCACAUCACGCCAGGGAGGUACGGCUAUGGGAGAAGGCCUUAUGUUGCUCCACUGCAGACAAAUACAGGCCAGAUCUCCCCUGGCAGCCACAGACAGAGACGCUCUGCUGUGGCUGAAGCCUACCAGCCUAUUGCGAGAGGUCACAGGACAAAAGGUCUGGGCCUGUCCAACACCCUCCAUCAGUAUGGCAGACCCUAUAUCCCUAAAAAUAACCCCAUGUGGGCCCCACUCUACCAGUCUGGUUUCACCCACCAGGCUCAAGUCCAGCAGGAGCUACAGCCAGGAGGCCAGAAACCGGGACAACCACAGCACCAGCAAAGACCUUACAGCCCUUUACCUGCCUCCUCCUGUGCAGGAGAACACGUUCACUACAAGAUCUGCAGCAGUAAUGCAUGUCCUCUGUCCAGCAGAAACAUCAGAGCUGUUCAGUGUUCCUCAUACAACCAUCAGCCGUUCAUGGGCAGACUGUACGAAUGGGAGCCUUUCAAUGAAGUUCUUGGGGAUCAACACUGUGAACUUAACUGUCGGGCCGUCGGGUUCAGGUUCUACGUGCAGCAGUCAGACAAAGUGAUCGACGGGGCGCCAUGUGGAGAGAAUGAUACGUCUGUCUGUGUUGUAGGAAAGUGUAUGAGUCUUGGUUGCGAUGACUACCUCGGAUCGGGAAAGGUGGUGGACAGGUGUGGUGUGUGUGGAGGUGAUAACACCACCUGCAAGCUUGUCUCUGGUGUGUUCAAACACAGCUUGUCCAAGAUCGGCUACCACAAGAUAGUGGAGAUCCCAGAGGGCGCCACCAAGAUCAACAUCACAGAGAUGGUGAAGAGUCGCAACUAUUUAGCUCUGCGAAGCCGGUCAGGGCGAUCCAUCAUUAAUGGAAACUGGGCUAUUGACCGGCCGGGGAAAUACGAGGGAGGGGGAACCAUGUUCGUCUACCGCCGACCCAACGAAAUCAGCAGCACGGCCGGGGAGUCCUUUCUGGCUGAGGGACCCACAAAUGAGAUUCUGGAUGUUUAUAUGAUCUACCAGCAGCCAAACCCCGGAGUUCACUACGAGUACAUUCUCCCUUCUGAGGAACCAGUCAGUCCUCCAAACACAGACCACAGACCAGAAGGAAAUGCUGUGAAUGGGCAGGAUGGCCACAACCAUCACAGCAACACUCACCAGGAAGGUGGAGGUGGCAGGUACCCUCCUAGUUUCCCUGACAACCAGGUACCAGUGAGACAGCCGCCCAAACGCGCAAGAGAAUACAACUGGAAACUAGGUGGUGCAACAGAGUGUAGUGCCUCUUGUGGGAAAGGUUUCAGGCACUCAGUCUUUCACUGUGUCCACCGGCUGAGCCACACUCAGGUAUCAGAGACUUUGUGUGACAGCAGUAGCAGGCCAAGUCCGCAGGAAGAGCCGUGCAACUUGCAGCCCUGCCCCGCCUUCUGGGAUAUUGGAGAGUGGUCGGAAUGCACCAAAACCUGUGGUCUGGGCAUGCAGCACCGUCAGGUCUUGUGUCGCCAGGUUUACGCCAACCGCACCCUCAACGUCCACACAAGUCACUGCCAGCACCUGGAGCGUCCCGAAACUGCCAGCACCUGCCAGCUGAAGAUCUGCAGUGAGUGGCAGAUCCGCUCCGAGUGGACUGCUUGCUCUGUGCCAUGUGGGCUGGGUCAGAGGUCACGGGAGGUCCGCUGUGUGAGCAACGUGGGCGACUUUGUUCCUGAUGAAGAGUGUAACAUGAAUCUGCGGCCAAACGACAUAGAGAACUGUGACAUGGGAGCCUGCGCCAAGAGCUGGUUCUACACCGAGUGGGGCGACACGUGCUCUGCUGAAUGUGGAAUGGGUGUCCGGAGCCGUGGCGUCCUCUGCCUGACCAAUCACAUCAGCAGCCUUCCUCUGGAGGGGUGUGGUACCGAGAGGCCUGCGGAUUUCGAGGUCUGCAACAACGGCCCGUGUGAGAAUCGCAUCGAGUGGUUCACAGGUCCCUGGAGCCAGUGCUCAGCUGAGUGUGGUGCCGGCAGCCAGCAGAGGGCAGUGGUGUGUCUGAUGAAGUCAGAAGAGGGUUAUACCAUCAUGCCGCCGUAUGAAUGCUCAUCUUUGGAGCGGCCUCUUGGCCAGCAGAGCUGCUACCUGAAGGUCUGUGGGGCCAAGUGGUACCACACUGAGUGGAGCGCUUGUUCCAAAACGUGUGAAGGAGGAUUCCGCGUGCGGGAAGUGCGCUGCCUGUCCGACGACAUGCUGUCCAGUGACGACUGUGAAGAGCAGCUGAGGCCGACCAAUAAGGAGGACUGCAACCCAGAGCCCUGCAUACCUCAAACAGAUGAGAACUGCAGAGACAAAUACUUCAACUGUAACGUGGUGGUGCAGGCUCGUCUCUGCGUGUACGAUUACUACAAGACCACGUGCUGCGCUUCAUGCUCACGCAUGGCCCACAGACACUCGGUUCAGCGGGGCCACAGCUAGCACACGACGGGGCUGAUCUCCACAGGGUGAAGAGUGACUGCAGACUCUGUUCACGGGCCAGAGGAGCGGACGGCUGGACCUUCCCUAAAAUGGAUACCGGUACUUGCCUUGUUGGCCAAGGAUGCAAACUGAAAAAGGAACACUUCAUUAGGAGAUGGCUGUGUGGAAAAAGAAAGGGCUUAAAAUAGCAGAGGACGGAACAGGCGCACUGGAUUAAAGGAUACACGGUGGGGAGAGAGGUCAGAGGUCAUGGAUUUGAGCCCUCCUCAAGAAUAUCUUCUUUGUUUGGACUUACAAGAAGCCUGCCGCAGUCACUCGCUCAUCAUGACUUGCAUGUCCUAAACGUCUUCACACUCUGAGCCACACUUGGAGGAAUGAUGUCAUAUGAAGUUGAGCCUGUAUGGUUAACCAAUCACAAGCAACUUUAUCAAACGGAAGACCGUUUGAUUUAUUUUACCGGGUGUAGAUAAACUGCCCUCUACACCAGAUGGUCACACGGUGCAUUUGACUGCCAGAGGGCCGCAAAAAAAAGAGAAGCUAACUGCAGUUAUGUCAGCAUGUGCAGGCAUGUCUUAGCAGUUAGCAUUAACACAUGGUUUAACACCAACAAUGGUUAUUUUGAUUAACGCUAAGUUCAGCUGACAUGAAUGCUGUGUUCACAUAUUGGCGGUGUGUAACAGAUGGUAAUUGCAUUUCAAUGAGGAUAACGAAAAAUUCCGACACCGCUGGCGGUGAGAGCAGCACCUCACAACGGUGCAAGAUCUGGACCCGUAUUCACAAAGCAACCUAAGGGUAAAAGUAGCUCUUAGUGACGUCAUUCUAAAAAAAAAUGUUAGAAUUCCUUGAAUUCUUAGAAUUUUCUCUUUAUACCAUGAAAGUUAUUCACAAAGCAUUAAGAGAGCUCAUAAGGUGAAACAAUGUUAAGAGGAGGGAGGAGGACUUUUCAUAAGAAUUAAGUGUCUUAAGAGAAGACAGCAGAAAGACAGAGAGGAAGGAGAGACAUUCUCCGUAUGUUGAAUGACAGUGAUUUAGUAACACGCUACCGGCUUGAUUAUGCAGGGAUAAUGUUUGUGGUUGACUUCACCAGUAAUGAGCUUACUUUUCUCACUCAGCAUAGUA